CGCGGCAGCAGAUGAACCUGCAAUAAUCGCCGCCACCGACGCGACGCACAGACCGGUCCGUGCAGUGCUCCUCAGUUGUACUUGUGCGCUUUUUGUGUAUCGGUCACGUGCGGAUUCCGCAUAAACGUUUUAUUUGUUUUCCACUUCGUAUUUAUGGUAUUGUCUGUACACAAUAAUUGCAGUGUUGCAUUCAUACAAUAGAAACAAUAUUGGCACCUAUUUUAUAGAGGCUCGUCGUUCGUAUUUAUAAUAAUUAUAAAUAUAGUGUCCGAGGGACUUCGCGGUCGUCCGACUUUCGCGGAUUUAAUACCAUUAUCAUAUUAAUUACAUUUUUUUAUCGUUGUCGAAAUGCUGUUAAUGUUGAAUCGCGCUCCGUUGUUGCAUCCGUCACCGGUCAUGUUAUCGACGAUUUCAAUCUAGAAGAAAUUCGUCCACCACAGUAUCCAAGACACAUCACGCUCGCUAUUCACUACUUACCAGCCGCUUCGACCUACAAAUGACUUAUUGUUGAUCGAUCAUCAAAGAAAACUCACACGCUUAAACAAAAAAUGUUUUUGGAAAACGAACAUCAGCCAAUUAUUAGCCAUUCACCGUACGACCUCGCACGUCCGCUUGAACACCAUCACCAUCAUCACCUCAACCAUCACGCCGCGUCCAAUCAUCUCCAGUCGGGCCCCGAUCACUUGCAAGAAGAUUCGGAAGGUCGGAGUUCGGCUAGCUCACCGACGUCCAGUUACCGCGACUUGUCUGGGUGCGAAGACUUUGACCUGAAAAUCCCGAAACCGUCUGGUCCAGGGUCUGGCGCUGGUGGAAACAACAACAACAAUAACCACAAUAACAACAACAACAAGGAACAGAAACCGAAAAAGCACAAGUGCAAACACUGUGGGCUGGAGUGCACGGAAAAGGUGCAGUACUGGAAGCACAUUCGCACUCACAUCAAACCUGAACAGUUGCUGGAGUGUCCGAACUGUGAGUUUGCCACCGACCUGAAACACCACUACGAGUACCACCUGCUGAACCACACGGGCGCCAAACCGUUCACGUGCCCGGACUGCGACUACAAGUGCGUGAGCAAGUCGAUGCUCCAAUCGCACCUCAAGUCGCAUUCGAACGUGUUCCAGUUCCAGUGUUACGACUGUGGGUACGCAUCCAAGUACAUGCACAGCCUCAAGCAGCAUCUGAAGAAGCGCGACCACCGGCCGGCCACGCCGCUCAACCCAGACGGCACGCCAAACCCAGACAUCGUCAUCGACGUGGUAGGCAACCGGCGGGGGCCGCGACAGAACAAGAAACAAAACCGUCACAACCCCUAUCAGCAACAACACCAGCAACAGCUCCAGCAGUCUAUGCCCGUGUGUUCGUCUCAGGACGACGGCGGCAGCAGCAGUGGCGGACACCCAUCACCGUACUCGAUGCAACAGCUGUUGCAGAUGCCCGCUUCCGGAUGCCCCCAGGUCACGUACCCGACCUCCGCCGAGUCGUUCAUGUAUUCAAUGAUCACCAAGCGCUCCAUAGAGAUGGUUGACUACCAGGCCGCCGAGUACUUGGCCAUCAAGAACAACAACAACAAUAAUAACAACUCCUCGUCGGUCGACGAUAAGAUGGACGUACAACAGCACCUCAACCAACAACAAAACCACCACCAACACCACAACAAUCACUACCAUAAACGAGGUCAUCAGUACCAUCCAGAUGACGUGCUCAAAGUGGAAUUGGCUGGACGCAGCGGUAGCGCCGGUGACCGGACGCCCGAACCACAAGUACCCGUGUUGGCGGUCGCCGAUCUUUCACCCCCGCCCGUCGUCCUGGCCAUCGAGACGGGACCGUUGAACUUAAGCAGAGACUCGGUGGCUCCUCGCGCCGCGGGCAGCAGCCGGCGCAAGGGGAUCGCGUGCAAACUCGAGCGACCGGUUACCGAACCGCAGUCCAAGUCGGUAUCGGUGCCGGUUGUUCCGGUGUCACCGCCUGCGGUACCGAUGGACUGCAGCAGUGAGUCAAGAGGAACCGUAGAGGAGACUUCGAUUCCGGUAAAGGAUGAAUUCCAACCGUAUCACCAUUACAAUCAGCAGCAGACGUCGUCGUCGUCUUCGACGCCCGAGAAAGAAGACAAGGAAGACGAGACGCACGUGUGCCACCACUGCGACAUAAUAUUCAAGGAGAACAUCAUGUACUCGAUGCACAUGGGUUUCCACAGCUUCAGGGACCCGUUCGCGUGCAACCUGUGCGGCGAGAUAACGGCAGAUAAGUUUUCGUUUUUCGCUCAUAUAGCUCGAGUGCCACACAGUUAGGCUGCAAUGAGGAGUUGCACCGCCGCCGCUGCAGUCAAGACACUAAAUAACAAUAGAGUACAAAUUUUAAAACAAUUUAUUAACCCUUUUAGGUAUGUAAUAUAGGAUUUAUCGUAAGAAAAAAAUUAAAACAGAUAAAGAAUAUUAAGUAAUGUUACAUAGGUACUAUAUUAUACACCUCUUUCUUUUUAAUAACUAUAACUCCCCUCCCCAUAAGUGUGCAGUUGCGCCGGAUCUACGUUUCGUACAAAUGAAAAUCAUUUUUGGCGCAGAGCUAAAAACGAUUUUAAUUUGUAUUAUUCGCGACCUGUGUUGUUGAUCGGUUCCGGUUCUUAAACGUUGACUUUAACUUGUCAACGUUUAAGAGUCAGUUACCGUAUCUUCAAAUAGUGAUUGCUCAUAUUUUAUCGUUGAGUAUUGUUUUAAAUAAUAAUAGCUGCUUCAUUGUUUAUCGUUUUAAAUAUUUUUUUCUCGUUAUAUUUUUCUCGGAAAUAAAAUUUUAAUUAUGUUUUAAUUUUCUUUUUGAGGAAUGAAGCGGUCUUAGCGAUUUAAAAAUAUUUAAGUCGUGUCCUCAUAGUUGAGCACAAAUUAUUAGUUAAUUUGUUUCAUGUUUUUUUUUAUCCUUAAAAAAUACUUUUUUUAACUUUCCAACUACCCGAGAUUGACUUAAUAAGGACAAAUAUUGAAUUUUUACGUUUAAAUACCGUAAUACCUCAUAUUCUCAUUUAUUUUUAUUGUUUAAUCUAGUCGUUCCCUAUUUUUCCUCGUAUAAUUUAGUUUAGUAUCGUGUAUACUUAAACAGUAUGCAUUUAUGAUAGAUACUAUAAAAAAAUUUAAAAUUUAAAAUUUAAAAAAACUAUUGGUUUUUAUUGUUUGUUGUGAUAAGGUUGUUUUUCGACGGAAUAUCGUCAAAUUAUUUAAGUAUAAAUUAAAUUUAACUGAUCUGCCAAGUGGGCUUUUUUUUAGUUUUUUUAAAUUGUACAUGUUAUAAAAGUAAAAAAGUAUAUGAAUUUUAUUGUUGGUGCUUGAAUGUCUUGUAUAUAAAAAAUCUCAAUCACGGCAUUAAUGGAAGAUCUAGUCAAUCUUACCCUCACGUCUCUCCAAGAUAUGCCCGUCUGUAUGGAGCUUGCGCAGGAUUCUACUCGGUGCGAGAUCGGCGAAACUGCUAAGGUCAUCUGUACAUUUUGUAGUCGCACUGUGUUAGAACCCUGCGCACUCGUCCUUUCAUACGCAUCAGGACUAAUUCUUAUAGAAAUGUAAAAAUAUAAUAGUCUGUAAAUAUUAAUUUCAUAAUAUGUAUCGUUAAUGCACUACAUAAUAAUUAUAAUAUUGUCUAAAUUUUUGUCAUUUUUGUGAUUAGAUUGUUCGUAAUCAUCCCUCUCCUCCCUCAUACUGUGAUUUUAAUUAAGACUAAAAAUAUCUUGAAAAUGCCGUCUUGGAUUGUAAUAACUAUUUGUAACAAACUAUCAUAAUAUAUUAUGUAAUAAUUAAUAUUAUACAUCUUUUACGAGAUUGCGCCAUCGCGCUCGUGUAAUAAAACAAUAUAUAUAUAUA